UUCUCGCUUUGGGACGCAGCCUGGAUCUUCAGCCAUGGCGAUAGCUCACGUCGCUACAGAAUACGUGUUUUCUGAUUUUCUGCUGAAGGAACCCAGUGAAGGGAAAUACAAAGGGUUGCGUUUGGAGCUGGCUGCAGAUAAACUGGUGACUUUUAUCGCGGUGGGACUUCCCUUGCUGCUCAUCUCCCUCGCCUUUGCUCAAGAAGUGUCAGUGGGUUCCCAGAUUAGCUGUUUCCCACCAACCAACUUCACCCUGCGCCAAGCAGUGUAUGUAGACUCUUUCUGCUGGGUUGCUGCUGAAAGCCAAACUACAGAGGAUGGCUCCCCUCUGUGGUUACAUAAGUUCUUUCCUUACAUCCUUCUGCUGUUGGCCGUCCUCGUGUACGUUCCCGCUCUGUUCUGGCGCUUCACCGCUGCUCCUCAGCUCUCCUCGGACCUCAGCUUCAUUAUGGAGGAGCUGGAUCGCUGUUACAACCGCGCCAUCCGCUUCGCCAAGAGCUUGGCGUCCAACAACCCUGACGCUAAGGACAUCACUGAGGAUUCCCAAAGUGGUAUGGAGAUGGCAGAGGGCUGUUUUAAAUACCCUCUGGUGGAACAGUAUCUGAGGACCAAGCGUGGGACACGGGCACUGGCGUGGAAGUACCUGCUAUGUCGGGUUCUCACUCUGCUCACGUUACUGCUGGCUUGCCUCUACCUGCUCUACUACAUCUGCCUGGUGUCUCUGAGUGACCAGUUCCCCUGCUACUUACACACAGGUGCUGUCCUGAAUCAGAGCAUGCUCCCUGCGGUGCAGUGCAAGCUGGUGGCCGUGGGUGUGUUCCGUCUGCUCAGCUGCAUUAAUAUGGCAGUGUACCUGCUGCUCAUUCCUGUGGUGAUCAAUGCAGCACUCCUACCUGCCCGGCAGACACAGCAAAGCCAGUUGCUCCGCCCCUACAGGCUCCUGCCCGCCUUCAGCCACGCCCAGGGGCUGCACGUCAGCUCUAGUCGCUAUGACGACCUCAGCAUCUACCUGCUGUUCCUGGAGGAGAACCUGAGUGAGCUGAAGAGCUAUAAAUGUCUGCAGGUAUUAGAGUUAUUAACAGAGGGAGAGAGUGAAAACUUGGACACAAUGUGCCUCCUGAGAACGCUUGGACAAGUCAAGACUGAUUUGGUGGACAGGAAAUUAGCAUCUGUCGUAGAUGGCAACAGCCAAUCAGCUCACACUAAGGAGGAAGUAGAGUUGUCCAAGCUCAGGGAUGGUUCCACUGUACUGAUACAGGACGGGCAACAGAAAGAAUCCAUCUGUUGCUGUGGGAAGGAUGUGAGACAGAGAGCAGUGUGAAGUUUGCAUCAGAAAAAGAGAGAGAGAGAGAGAGAGAGAGAGAGAGUGAAUGUGUGCAUGUGUUUCACCUUUGUAUAUGCAUUUCAAUUUUGUUGUUACUAUAGAAAUGAGCGAAUGUAUGCAUGUGCCUUCAGUAUGUACUUGUUUUUUGCCGUGUGUGUGUGUGUGUGUGUGUGUGAGAGAGAGAGAGAGGGAGAGAGAGAGAGACAGUCAACCCCAACCUUCCUCUGAACAGAACUAUCAGUUUCGAGCUGAAUGGGACUCUCAGUGCUGCUCUUUUAAUAAACCAUGAGCACUAGAACAAACAGAGUCCAGACAGUACAGAUACACGAUAUGUUGAAGGUUAAUGCAUGAAAAUCAUAAAAUAUUCAGGGCAUUUACAUUUAGCCUUGAGUUCAUGACUUCUCACAUAGUCACACAGAGAGGGCUCAAAUAACAAGCAAUAUAUUCCUCAGCAUGGGGUUUGUGCAUGUGUUUGUAUAAGACAAAUACAAGUUUGUGAUUAAAAACUCAGUAAAAAGCAAAUGCCACACAAAGGGCUUUCACAAAGCCGUUUCUCCUCCUUACACUUAGUUUUAACAGACAGAAUCAUCAUAUGAGUCCAGGUCUAAGGGCUAAUACAGGUAUUUAUUAGCUUCAUUGUGUAGUAUCAUCAUAGUAAUGGUGUGGUCUUAAUCACUCCAGACACCUUAAUACAUGAAUUUUCGUUUGGAUUUUGAUCUUUUAAGUGUUAAAAUGUUCUGCACCGAUUUGCACCCAUGUUCCUCCAUCCUGUCCUCCUGACAAAGACCUACGUUUAGAAAAUUGCUGAUAAUAAUCAGAAUACUGUAGAUGAUGACUGUUAGAAAAGCAUAUGCCCUUUAAUAUUCUCAACAUGGAUGUCUGUAUUAUUGCAUUUUACUGUUUCUCAUUUGGAUAGGAUUUUUUUAUAUGGCACUUUGAAUGAUUAUUAUCACUGUAUUUCUAUUAGCAUUGUUAUUAAAAUGUUUUGAUAUGAGUUACUGAUUUUUUUAUCUGCAAUUGAGGCAUCAAAAAAGUAAUAUAAAUAAAUGUGUUUACAGAA